AUGGCUGGCACUAGAAACUAUGACUUUCUGAUCAAAUUGCUGUUGAUAGGAGACUCUGGUGUUGGAAAGUCGUGCUGCCUUCUGCGCUUCAGUGAGGAUUCGUUCACACCAUCGUUUAUCACGACGAUUGGUAUCGACUUCAAGAUUCGGACUAUUGAAUUAGAUGGUAAACGGGUAAAGCUUCAGAUAUGGGACACAGCUGGGCAGGAGCGAUUUAGAACAAUCACCACGGCUUAUUACAGGGGUGCGAUGGGUAUUCUUCUUGUUUACGAUGUCACCGACGAGCGUUCAUUCCAGAACAUCAGAACAUGGUUCUCGAACGUCGAACAACAUGCUAGCGAGGGUGUCCACAAGAUCCUUAUUGGGAACAAAUGCGACUGGGAAGAGAAGAGAGCUGUAACAACGGAGCAGGGUCAACAGCUGGCCGACGAACUGGGAAUACCUUUCCUGGAAGUCUCGGCGAAGAACAACAUCAACAUCGAGAAAGCCUUUUACAAUCUUGCAUCCGAUAUCAAAAAGGGAAUGGACAGUUCGAAACCUGAACAAACAGGCUCUCAGGGAGUCAGCAUAGACAAUCAAGCCUCGGGGCUGAGCGGUAAUGCCGGAGGAAAGUGUUGUUGA